UUUUUUUUAUUUUGAUGGGGCUACUGUGAAUUAAGAUCUUAGCAGUUAUUCCACCUCAGAUAAAACAUUUAUUCUUUCCAUCUUUAUAUUAAAAUAGGUUUUCUAGAGUUUUAUGUGACUGUGAAAAUCUUCAGUUCUCUGUUGUGUUUGGCUAAAAAUCUUUCUUCCUUAAAUUAGAUGUACUGUUUGACACAUAAUAUAAAACACACACUGAGAGACACAAACACACACUCUGGGCCUGGUACAACAGUAAACAAUAAGACAAAAGCUCUGUGUUUCUCUGCAGCCUACUCAGAUCGACAACACUGCUGUCCUCAGUCUGACAGGAACACCAGGACCUCCUGGAUCCUCUGGGACCUUUUGGACUUUCUAGGACUCUACAGGACCCUCUGGGCACAUGGACCCUAAACGUCUCACCUCAGGCUCUCAGCAGCAGGCUUGGCUGAGGAAAAAGAGGACAAGGAGAGAGUGGAGACCACUGGAGGACCGGAGCUGCACGGACCUGCCCUGGUUCCUGCUCUUCGCCAUCUUCUGCGUCGGCAUGGGCGCCAUCUGCAGUUUCACCAUUGUCACUGGCGGCGCUGGUCGUCUUGUCUUUGGAUACGACAGCUACGGCAACACCUGCGGCAGACGCAACGAACAGAUUGAAGGCUUCAGGCUCAGCGGCCUCGACCACACCGACAGGAAGUUUGUCUUCUUCUUGGAUCCCUGCAACGUCGACAUUGUUCAGAGGAAGAUCAAGUCCAUGGCUCUCUGUGUUUCUCUGUGUCCCACUGAGGAGCUGCAGACAUACGAGGACCUGAAGAGGUUCGCCAUGCUCAACGGUUCUGAGCUGUGUUCCUAUGAGUUAGCGGCUCAUAAAUAUCCCAGUCUACCUGAGAGGUUCUCCAAAUGUCCCAAACUCCCUGUUCCACCCAGUAAACCGCUGCCGGUGUUUAACCGCUGCACGCCGGUCGACAUUUCCUGUUAUGGCAAGUUUGCGGAGGCUGUGGUGACGUUUGUGGGUGAUAACAGUGUCCUGCACCGACUGAUCGCCGGUGUCGCCGCCAGCAAAGAGAUAAUCAUCGGACUGUGUGUGUUCGCUCUGGUGCUCUCCAUGAUCCUCAUGGUGAUCAUUCGCUAUAUCUCAGCUGUUCUCGUCUGGAUCCUCACCUCUCUGGUCAUCCUCGGAUCCCUCGCGGGGACCAGCGUCCUCUGGUGGCUCUACAUUGACCACCGGCUGUACGGGAAUAACACCGCCACCUCCAAAGUGACAAAGGACAUGAAGGAGGAGGUGCAGGUCAGCAGAGACAGUGGCCAGGCGCUGCUUGUCUAUGCUGUCGCCGCCACUGUCUUCACUAUCAUCUUGCUGCUGCUGAUGCUGUUCAUGAGGAAACGAGUGGCUCUGACCAUCGCUCUCUUCCAUGUGGCAGGAAAAGUCUUCAUCCACCUCCCCCUCCUCACCCUGCAGCCCUUCGUGACCUUCCUUGCUCUACUGCUGUUCUGGAUCUACUGGAUCCUGGUCCUGCUGUUCUUGGGAACCACCGGGAACCCAGUCCAGAAUGAGGAGACGGGGCUGACAGAGUUCAGACUGACGGGUCCUCUUCAGUACCUGACUUGGUAUCAUGCUGUGGGUCUGGUCUGGAUCAGCGAGUUUGUCCUGGCCUGUCAGCAGAUGACUGUGGCCGGAGCCGUUGUCACAUAUUACUUCACUAGGGACAAGAACCGACUCCCGGUGACCCCGAUCCUGUCCUCAGUCCUGAGGCUGGUCCGGUAUCACCUGGGUACCGUCGCUAAAGGGUCCUUCAUCAUCACACUGGUCAAGAUCCCUCGACUCAUCCUCAUGUACAUCCACAACCAGCUGAAAGGAAAGGAGAAUGCGUGUGCUCGCUGUCUGCUGAAAACCUGUAUCUGCUGUCUGUGGUGUUUGGAGAAGUGCCUCAACUAUCUCAAUCAGAAUGCAUAUGCAGCCACAGCCAUCAACAGCACAAGUUUCUGCACGUCUGCACGUGACGCCUUUGUGAUCCUGGUGGAAAACGCUCUGCGCGUCGCCACAAUCAAUGCUGUCGGAGACUUCGUGCUCUUUCUGGGGAAGAUCCUGAUCAUGACAACAACCGCAUUCGCUGGCGUCCUCCUCCUGAACUACCAGCGGGAUUACGCCGAGUGGCUGCUGCCUCUCAUCAUUGUGUGUCUCUUCUCCUUCCUGGUGGCCCACUGCUUUCUGUCCGUCUUUGAGAUCGUGGUGGACGUCCUCUUCCUUUGCUUUGCCGUGGACACCAAGUACAAUGACGGCACUCCGGGGAAGGAGUUCUUCAUGGAUAAAGCUCUGAUGGAGUUUGUGGAGAGCAGCCGACGGUUGGAGCGGGUGGUGGAGCGGGUGGUGGAGCGUGGACGGGGCCGGGUGAAGGACGCAGUGUCAGAGGGGGCAGAGAUGAAGCCCAUGGCUCCGGGGACGAGUUCAGCUUGACCAAAAUCAGCCAAUGGGACUUCUUUAAAAUAAGAGACAUUCCAAAUGUUUAUUUUUACCAACGUGUAACAUGUUUACUAUGGUUUCACUCCAGGGAAAACGAUAUUUUAAUAAGAAACUGUAAAAAGGUAACAAUGUAAUGAAGCACUUUAUAUAGAAGCGCUGCAGAUUUUAAACCGGCUGAUGCAUUUUUUUCAUAGUGAUGUCGUUUUUGAUAAAACUAAAGCGUCUGCCCUUAAUCUCUUCUAACUUCAGUUCUUUACAUCGAAGCCACUUUUUCUUUUAUCAUUGUUUUUGCUCUGGACAUGACCUGAGCAUCAUGAUGCAAACGCCUCACCUGGACUCCACGUUGGAUUAGGAGCGCUGUGAUGUCAUUGGAGGGGCGGAGUCUACGGACAGGUGGAACCUCCACAUCCAGCUGUCUUCUGUUGGUCAGCUGAUCAGGUUUUUUCUGUGUAUGAGAGACUGAACUGAUGCACUGCGAGCACAUCGAUCAAUACAUCUGAUUGAUUAGGGAUUUAUAACUAAGUAUCUAUCAGAUCUGACUCCUCUGAUUUAACACAGUUUGACUCAUUCUGCUGAAUCCUGGCCCGAAAACAGAUGUUCAGAGGUCUUUCACUGAUCCACAGACCAGGGGUUGGACAAACACCCAGCAUGAUUUAAAUAGAAACUUAACUGACUCAGUGAAAUCACUACAAAUCAAUACAACAUCAUUUAGGCAUGUGAGUUUUAGAUAAAACCCGUCAAGGAAUUCUCCCAUGCUGCUUGAAGUACUCGCAUAUUUUACUUGGGUAGAAGUACCACACUGUAGAACUACUCAAAGUAAAAGUCCCACAGAUGUACUUAAAGUACCCAAAGUAAAAGUAUUCACUAUGCAGAAUGGCACAGUCCAUAUUAAUGCCUUUUACUGGAUGAUACAGUAAUUUGUCCAAGUUGAAUUGAAGGUAAAAUUCAUUUUUGGUACUGAAUAAGUAAGUACAGUAUCCUUGCUGCUUCUUAUGGCCUUUGUCCUUAUGUGGUUAGAACUGACUGAUUGAUUGAUUGUUCUGCAGUGAUUUUACUUCCUGUGUUGACGUUCUCCUGUGAGGAGGCGGACACUCCGCUGUCUGCGUGAAACGCCAACAUUACAUUGUGUCAUUUCCACAAAACUUCUAAAAAAAAAACUUGAAGAGUUUAAAAUGCUGCACAACAGCUGCAGAGUCUUAAUGCCAAAUGCGUUUUCAGCUUUGUUAAGCUCAUCUCAUAUGUUUAAUAAGCCACUAAUCUUCCAAGAUUCAUUAAAACAAAUGAAUCAAACUGUCUCAUCAUGUCUGAGACGUUUACUCAGAUGACGCUCACAUGUUAAACUCGGCAGAGUCAUCGGCACAGCUUCAGAAAUCAGAACUAAUAUCAGAUGUGAUGUUGCAGUGAUGUGUUGCUCGCAUUGCUCGUGGUGUGACCUCAGUUUCUAUCAGAGGUCACUGACCGUUCAUCCAUACAGGGCAGCAGAGUCACGGUGAUGCCAAAUGAUGCGAUCGGCCGGAUCACAAUGUUUGAUCUGUGACAUAAAUGACUGACAGAUUGUCUUUAUCUCCACAUGCCUGGAUCAAAAUCACUCGUUCCCAUUAAAAUCCAGAGAAGAAUAAGGUGGAAGGCCUGUGGGUGGAACGUCCUGUUGAGGCGACCACGGCUGCGGUCAGACAGUCAGCAAUAACACAAAAUGUAUCAUGUGACCACAUCACCAACAACAAGAAGUCUUCCUUAUUCUGUUUUCUCAGCAUGUUCUAGGUUGAACACAUCAACAACUCGACUGUUGGAGGUUUAAUGUUCAGUUACUGGCCAAGUGUCCAGCAAGACAACUGAAUGAGCAUCCUGAGCAAAAAAGGUCGUCUCACUGGUGGGAUCAGUUUGUGUGACCUAAUGGUCCUGAAUGUAGAACAUGGUAUGCAGUUGAAAGCUCAGAGAAAAGCCAGUAACUCGACAUUUGAGUUGUUCUGUCAUGUCUGGGCAGCACUUUCAGGAACAGGACAUCAGCAAACCGUGAACACAGUGCUGCAGUGACAGCUUUUGGUGCUGUGUUGCUUGUCCCGGUUGCCCCACCUGUUGCCUUGUUGCCCUGCAGGUUGAGCUGUAUGUCAGGCUGAGUCCAAAUGUCCACCCUCCAGUCUUAAGCCUAGAUAAGAACCCAGAUUUAUUUUCCAACAGUGUUCUUUAGGCAAUGUAGAGUCAGCGUCGCAUUUGAAUGAGCUUUGUGUCAAAUGAAAGUCGUGCAGCCCAGAAAUCACGUUCCAGCUCAGACCCGGUCUGUCUUUCAUGUAUUUCCACUCAGCUGAGUCAGAUUUAAGCUUCAGAUUUUCCUAAAAUUGAUUAUUGUUAUUGAUCUGGUAACCAUUUCCAGAGUCCUUAAAGAUUCUUCUGACUUUGUGGUUUAAAAAAAUCCUUUGCUGCAACACUGAGAUUUCUAUGCCUCCAUGCUACGGCCAAAGGCAUUAUGUUUUUGGGUUGUCUGUCCAACCCAUUCUUGUGAAUGCAAUAUGUCAGGAACGUGUCUCGAGAAUUUCUUGCAAUUUGGCACAAAUGUCCACUUGGACUCAAGGAUGAACUGAUUAGAUUUUGGGAAACAAAGGUCAAAGUCAGUGACCUGACAUCUGUCACAUUCCUGUGAAUUUGACUGAUUGGUGGAGGCAUACGACCAUGAAGCAUUCGUUCUAGUUAACCUGUUUCCCAUUUCAACUCAAGUUGCCUAACCAGAGGUUCAACCUGAACUCUUCUGAUUACAACGUUAUCCAAAUUAUUUGACUGUUAUUAUAUUGUACGUGUGAGCUUGUAUGUCAAAGGUCUCGUGGACUUCCAGAGUCUCCCCGGGAUCCCGAUUCUACCAGACUUUAGCCAGGAAGUUGCCUGUCAUCCGAUAUGGAUGUGGCAUUCUCAGUUUGUGCAAGCAUUGUUCCUUGAGGAGAUUGAGACCUUUCUGUCGCUUGAGCUCUGACUGGUGCUGUGCUAAUCACCUCAUGUUCAUGCAGUGGUCUAAUGGCACCAACUGGUGAAUCAGCUCUACCUGCUCUUUAUCUCCUUCACCCACUCAGCUUAGAUUCACACAGCAGGAUGGGGUGGAAAACAAAGAUAUUUUUGGACCGAUGUCUGGAAAUCCACUUAAAAUUUGAGCUACAUUUGGAUGGAAACUUGGCUUCUGAAAUCCCAACUCCAUUUCCAGGGCUGGCAUUAGCUCAUCCUGGUGCAGUCCAAAGGUCUGACAUUUGGAUUCAGCUGCAGCUGGUGGUUUCAGGGGCUGGGAUGUUUUUGUCACCAACCUGCUGAUGUGCUGGUGAUGAACAUUGUUCUGGCUGCAGUUGUAAACUGUAUUUUAUUUUUCUCUCCUGAGUUGUAACAGGUGCAGCUAAUGUGUUUGUGUGACCGUUUUCAGUCUGCAACUGUUUCCAUUAGCCAAACACCUCCUUCACUACAACAAUAAACCAGUCAGAGUUUCUGCAGCACAAAGACAUAGUGAAAAGCUUUUCAUCCAAACAUCUGGCCUAAAGGCCAGUGUGAGAGCUGUUUAAAAAGAUCAAGCCCACGUUAUUGUGGAGGACAUCUCUUCAUGUUGUUGUGUGCAGAACCUCCAGACUUCACUCUGACAUUUUGCUUUGAAGUGUAAAGAGCAUGUAUGUUAUAAAGCUGUUGACAUCAUGGUCACGGGACUCAGCGGUCCGAGCAUGUGGUCCAGUUGCACUAGACGGAGUUCUUUCAACACUGGCUUUAGUUUAAAGUAGCUGUAAAGAAUUUUAGAUGAACAGUGCUUGUAGCUGAGAUAUUAACACACAUUUAUUCAUAUUUAGACAUCCUGAAAAAAAAAAACUAGAAGGGCAGUGAAUGGAAAUAUUUAAAUGAGCUUUUCCACCCAUUUAUGCACAUUUAGUUUGGCUCAUGACACCGCUGUCGCCAGCAGAUUAACCUGCUGACUGCAGGAGCUGAAGAGUUUCAUUCCAACAUCAUCAUCAUUCCAUAAAUAUGACCCAGCUGGUGAAAGAGGAGGGCUACAAAUUGUACUUAUUUUCAUCAUUAUUUUUAUUAAAAAUGUCCGUCUUAGUUUCUGAGACCAGUGGAAGGUCUUCAGUUGUCAUUAUGUCAGGAAUACAAAUAUACUUCAUUUACUAUGAUUGAAAACUGAGUAUAGCACCAAGGCAAUAAAAAAGUUAUACAAAUAGGUUUUAACAGGAUUAAAGCAAAAUGAAACAAUAUUGUAAUCUCAAACAGACUAAACAAAUGAAACUGUAGAGUAUAAGAAGGAGUAAUGUCAAAUGAAUAAAAACAAAACUCAGUAAGUAAAACAAACGUAUUUUACCGGUGUAACAUUUCUCUGAAAAUGUUCCUAGGAAGUUUCUUGGAAAUAAUUUUAACUUUGUACUAAUUAUAAGAGGAAAACUGAAAAUUGAGUUCCAUUUAAAUUAUUGACUUGUUAAAGGAAACUUUAUUGAAUUUUCUGGUGCUACAGCAGCUCCUCGUACAUCAUCUACUGUAUAAGGCUGAACAUAGAACUUAGCUGUAAAUGUACAUAAAUGUGUUUUAUUAUAGCCUAUAUGUGCACGUUACUACGGUUUAGGAGUGCUAACGGGACACUGUUUAGUCAUUUAAACUAGCUAACAUUAUUAUCCUGUUUUGUAAAUUGAGGUAUAUUGUGUUGUUUUGUGAAAUGUAUUUAUAUCUUUCCAGUGUUGACUCAACCAGUCCUGCGUGUUCUUUUAUGAACACCAGCUUACAUUGUUAGCAUUUUGAUCAAGAGGCAUUUUAACUCUUUACUCCAAAUGGGUCAUAUAUUAGCUAGCUAACGUCAGCUUUAUCAGUUAUCUUAGCUAGAUAUAGAGAAUGUGAAGGUACAUCACUCCGUGUUGAAUGUUGGUAAGCAGGUGUGAUAGAGUGAAAAAUGGUGCAUUUUUCCAAAAUUCAACACGGGGUGACAACUUCACGUUCUCUGUAGACAGUCACAGCUGCCAUUAGUGGGUGUUAAUAUUUAGUAACAACUAAUCACUAGGUAAGAACUAGUUUUAAUUUUGUGAUAAAACUCCACUUUAACUCCACGUUUGAACCACGAUACAAUUACAAACAACUGCCGCAAACAAUUGUAGUUUAGCUGGGUCAGAAUUUUAUCAUUAACUUCAGCGUCAGUUGUUGUGGUUGAUAUGAAGGUUCUUGAUUAUCAAGAUGAACUAGAUUACAAAUAUUUAUCAAGUCUUGUCAAGUUCAUACUGUUCUACAUUUUAGAACUAUUCUUUUCAGAAGGGACUGGAACAUCCUGCAAGAAUUAGGCGGAAGACAUUUUUAAGAAGCUAAAAAUUAACCAACAAAUCUCCUGCAGCUGCUGGGUGUAAGCAUUAGUCCCAAAAAUACAAAGACUGUUGGAAUGAAUCUUUUCAGCUCCUCCAGUAAUCUGCUUCAGUCAGCACAUCCAGCCAAUCAGACGGUGUUGGGUGAAUAUGUGAGCUCUGGAUUAGGGACACGCCAGUCAGUCUUUAUUUUUGAUGUGAUAUUGUCAUAAUGAAUUGAUAUGAUCACUGACUAGAUCAGAAGGGAUCAGUGAGCCUCUGAUCACUGAGCCACUUCAAGCACCAGGUGACUGAACUUUUUUUUACAUCUCACUCACCUGUUCCAGGUGUGUACGGGAGAUGACAUCACAGCUGACGAUAGCUCUUCUUGUCCUUGUUUCUGUCAUUGGGCAACUGUUAGUUUCCUGUGCAGAGAAACAAACCUUUAAAAAACCCAAAACGAUCUUUAAAAAGGCUAAUUUGCAAAUAUAGCUUCAAUUCUGUUAGCACCUAGCAUCUUAUUAGCAUUUAGUAUGCUAACACAGGCCUUAGAGCUUAUUAGAGAGUCCCAACAGUCAUUUUCUUUCAGUCAUAAACCUGAAAGAUAUCUUUCAUGUCCAACAGCUGUGAGGGUCUGCGUGACAGAAACUUCUUCCCCCGUCCACAAGGGUCCGCCCUGAAUUUAGGAUGGUGAUCCUACAAAUGUGCUACUUGCAAAUCCAUUUGAAUUAAUUUGAAUAAAAGUGAGUAAGAUUUUAUUUGUUUAAAUGCAAUUUUCUGAAAUAGUAACACCCUGUGAGUAUGUAUCCAUUCAUUUCUUCUCUGAGCUGUGAAUUUUAAAAUGUUUUAACAAAAAUAUUAAUAUUGAUCGAUUGGGGCGUCCUUAAUUUUACAUUCACUUGUCAUUUUUCUAACAAAUCUUUGAUCAUCAUGCUCACUGCAUUUUAAAUAAGCCACCUUCAAUGUGAAGUCUGUUUUGCAGCUUCUUUAAGCCUGGAUUGGAGCUGAUGAAGGGCCGACGUUUUAAAGAAAGUGACCCAGAUGCAUGUCCAUGUUUUUCAGCUCUGUAUCACAGCUUCCUCUCCAUAGGGUGUGAAUAAUCUGCCAUUAGAUUCACAGGACUAAAACUGGUUUCUUUCAGAUGUGACUGUGUAAACAGGAGGUGACCAAGCAAAAAGUAGAAUUAAGAUGUAGGCCAACACGAGUUGAUCUGUCAGGUGUAACACUAGUGUUUAGGUUUCCUCUGCGGUAAAAAAUUGUAACAUUCAAGAACCUUUUCUUUGGGGUUUUAUAUUUAUCAUUUCUUAUGUAUAUUUGUUUUUUAAGAAAAAUAAUAAA